AUGACGAGAGCAAAACUGAUUCCCAACAGUGAAUCCUUACUAGCUACAAUAGAAAAGAAAGAGAGGAGGAAAUAUAGCUUGUUUGGCAAAAUGUUGUUUCUUUUUCCUUUUGUUAAACCUAACGCAGGCCUCCGGGUCGGAUCAUCAACUUUGGCAAUGGAAGAAACCUCUGCAUUCACAGCCAUUGCCAUUGAUAAGGACAGGAAUAGCCAACUUGCUGUAAAAUGGGCGGUGGAUAACCUGUUGAACACCGGCUCAAACUGCUUCCUCAUUCACGUUCGAAGCCAGAGCUUGCAUCCGCAGGAUUUUGAAGCUGCACCUAAGGAUAGUCGGCCACCAUCUGAAGCUGAGUUGCAACAAUUCUUCCUUCCUUACCGAGGAUACUGUGCUCGAAAGGGGAUUCAAUCACAUGAGGUGGUUCUCCAUGACAUUGAUGUACCAAGUGCCCUUGUUGAUUUCAUCAAUAAAAGCAAUAUUGGCAAUAUCGUUGUUGGUGCUUCCGGCCGGAAUGUUCUUACAAGGAAACUCAGAAAUCCAGAUGUGCCAACCAGCUUGCUCAAAGUUGCACCAAAAUCCUGUGCAGUACAUGUCAUAUCAAAAGGAAAAGUUCAAAUUACCCGAUUAGCAAGUAGGCCUCAGACAUCUCAAGAAAGCAGAACUCCACAGAAUUCACCGCAUCUGAGAGCACUUCUGUCUAAACAUGCAUUUGAUAGCCCAAAGAUUGAAGAGUUAAACAGAACUGUUUCAAGCUGUGAAGGCAGGAAUUACAGAAUAUCUUCUGAUAGAAUCAGUCAUUCCUUUAAAGUGACACCACAUUACAAGUUGAAGACAAAUGACGAAGUUAAAUCACCUGCACCUUCAACGGGAAGUCAAACACCAAAAUCCCCUGAUAGAAUUUCCAUAUCGGAGAGCAGUAAUUUUUCAGGGCCACGUAGUUGCCAAUCAACUGACAUAUCUAGUCACAGUUCAGACUGUAAAGCUGACAAUUCCAGUUCUUUCGCCUCCCUGACACCUCGAGGCUUGGAGACUGAGAUGAGGAGACUUCAACAAGAAUUGAAGAAAUCCUUGGAAAUGUUUAACUUGGUUACCAAAGAAGCUGUUGUGGCAAAAGAAAAAGCGAGGAAGCUUCAGGAAUGGAAAGCAGCAGAAGAGCGCAAGUUAGAGGAAGCCAGGCUUGCUGAGGAGGCAGCAAUAGCUUUGGCUAAGGCAGAAACACAAAAAACCAAGGCUGCCAUGGAAGCAGCACAUAUGGCUCGACGUUUGGCAGAUAUGGAGGCGCAGAAGAGAAAACUUGCAGAACUGAAGGCUACUCAUGAGGAAGAAGCAAAAAGGAGAGCACUAGAUCAGUUGGUUAACAAUAAACCUGUUUAUAGAAAAUACACUAUUGAUGAGAUUGAAGCUGCAACAAAUUACUUUGCAAGCUCAAAUAAGAUUGGUGAAGGAGGAUAUGGACCUGUUUUUAAAGCCACCCUUGAUCACACUGCUGUUGCUGUCAAGGUCUUAAGGCCAGAUAUAUCUCAGGGACAAAGGCAAUUCCAACAAGAGGUUGAGGUUCUAAGCUGCAUGAGACAUCCACACAUGGUUCUGCUCAUAGGUGCCUGCCCUGAGUAUGGAUGUCUGCUUUACGAAUACAUGGAAAAUGGCAGCUUAGAAGAUCGGCUCUUCCGGAAAGACAACACUCCCUCGAUCCCAUGGAAAACCCGGUUUAGAAUAGCUGCUGAAAUUGCCACGGGCCUUCUGUUCCUUCACCAAACAAAGCCAGAGCCACUGGUACAUCGUGACCUCAAGCCUGCAAACAUUCUCUUAGACCGGAAUUAUGUGAGUAAGAUUAGUGAUGUUGGUUUGUCCCGACUAGUUCCAGCAACUUUUGCUGAUAGUAUCACUGAAUAUCGCUUAACAGCGACUCGGGGAACAUUUUGUUACAUUGAUCCAGAGUAUCAGCAAACAGGAAUGCUAGGUGUAAAAUCAGAUUUAUAUUCUUUUGGUGUGGUUCUAUUACAGCUGAUAACAUCAAGGCCACCAGUGGGACUGACUGUCCAUGUUCAGGAGGCAAUUGAGAAAGGAACCUUUGCAGAAAUGCUUGAUCCAACAGUACCAGAUUGGCCUGUUGAAGAGGCUUUAUCAUUAGCAAAACUUGCUUUACAAUGCUGUGAGCUAAGGAAAAAGGAUAGGCCAGACCUUGAUUCAGUUGUGUUGCCAGCGCUGAACCGCCUAAGGGAUCUUGCGUCGGAAAAUGAAGCCAACAACAGUGAGAAAGUUGCUUCUGAGCCACCACUUUAUAAUUCAGUUCCACAGAAUGGAUCACAGGAAAAUCAGAUCAUUGUAAGAAGCGGAUGGCAACGCUUAAAGUCUAUGACCAGAACGUGGAAGGCCAGCUUUCUUCCACCCAAAAGGGGACCUGCAGGACAGUCGGACAAGGAGCCUGGUGAAUUAGGUUGUUGGUCGUUUGUAAAUUGUUCCGGAGCUCCUCAGCAGUUGAGAAGAGUGAAAUCAUAUUCAUCAUAGAAGAUAAAACUGUUUCGGUGCCUAGUCCUGCCUUAAAGCAGACCUGGAGUCCUGGAGUCAUUCUAGAUAUCGCCCUGAAAAUUUUCCUACGGAACAGUUGUUCAUAAUUCUAGUUCUCUUUCUUGUUUCCCACAUGGAAAAUCCACCUCUGAGGCUUGAAGGAGAUUUCUUUUGAUAGAAACCUACCAAUUUGUUCGUGCGAUAUGUUUGAAGAAAUGGAGGACUUUAAAUUUACUUAGAGUUACAAUUUUUUCAUGGUUGAUCGAUAAAUAGUAAUAAUAAAUUUGUUUUCAGCAUUUGCUUCAUGGAAUGUGGCUUCACCAGGAGUAUGUAAGAAAAGUAGGAACAUUUCAUGGAAUGUAGGACCUGGAGUCCUGGAGUCGUUCUAGAUAUCGCCCUGAAAAUUUACGAAUAGGAAAAGUAGGAACAUUGCAUUGCGGAAAAUGUUACUGCUCUAUUAUGAGUAUUGUCUUCAAAUUUUGCAAAGCAUGUAUUAGAUCCAGAAACUAACAAUUUCAGUAGUACAAUAAAAAAGUUUGCUGGGAACAGUAAGGCCAACCACCCUUCAUCAUGAAUCAUAAAGCUUGAAUUGAAUCCUCAUCAACACCAUGUCCCAGCUCCUUCAUCAUAUGAUAAAGCUGUGGAGAACAACAUUCACAAGGUUAAAGAAUCCGAUGGCCACCAAACAAUGAAAUGUGUUGAAUUUAUCAGUUGCUAUGCCAUUAUAAAAGAACCAAGUCCUUUUUUUUUUUUUUGUUUAAUUGAUUCCUUAGUUGUAACAAACGAUCUAAUGAUUGUUAGACAAUGGUAGUUGCAGAGCCCACCUGAACAUGUUCCACCACCUGCUAAAUAUAGGAUAGUUGGCUCAGUUGGUGGAUUUCAUUAUAUUAAUUUCUGUAUAGAAUGGAGAGGAAAGUUUCAGUUUUGUUCCGGAGGGUGGUAGAGCAGUUUUGAAGUCACAUUCUAGGGGGAACAUGUUUGACAAUAAUGUGAUUCAGGUUAAAUUUCAAUUGGAAAAAAAUCAAUGGUAGAUGGCAGUCCAUACCAGAAGACGGCUAUUAAUGGAAUAUAAUCAUUAGAUCUUCUCCAUCCACGAAUUUGGGGUCAAUGUUGUUCUCAUAUAGGUCCCACGUGGAUCCUCACAUCAGGGAAGGUCAAGAUUCAAAUAUCCUUUAUUUGUAGUGAAAAAAUGUUGGGAUUAUGCACCCCAGCCACAAAACAACCAAACUUGGCUGAUUGCUGAGCAUUCGAUGUAUGAAUCACAAGACUGUCAUCUGGAUUGCAGAAUCUGUGUUAAAUCUGGAAUACAUCAUUCCAAGUUAAAAACGGCUCGUAUCCAGUACCUGGCAAUAAAUAUCACCAUUAGAAUUGAAGAAACUAAAAGGAAAGCCAAAAAGAACAGCAGAGAAAAAGAAAUGGAGCUACUUUGCCUUCUUUCCCUAGAGUAUAACAUUAGCGAUUUCAAUUUUUUCUCCCAAGACAGAUAUGGUGAGAAAUUUGGUUUAUAAACCUAAAUAGUUUAUUCUCAACUCCCCAUUUGCAUUUCCCUUCAUCUUAUCCUAUCAAAUCAUUUUCCUUUGCUACACCAGAAAAUCUAAUGCAAACUUUGUUGUUCUCUCCUCUCUUAACAAUGAUAUUCAUUCAAUUUAAGUAAACACAGAAUCAGAGCAAAAAGUCGAAAGCUGACAAACGGUAGCAAGUUCAUGAUAUUGAGAGGUGCAGAACUACCUCAAGGCAUUAGCUACAAGUUGGUAAAUUCACAGGUGCUCAAGAACGCAUGCGGACGUAUACCUUUUAGGUAACAUCUUAGCAAAAGUGCACUGUUGUACUGAAGACUUCAAAACCCCUUGGCAAAAGCAAUUCAACUCACCAUCAACGAUAAAAACAUAGACGACACCAAUUACUUAUGGCUUAGAAACUUAUUUAUAGAUAACCAGAAGAAUAAGAAUAGAUCACUUUUAAGUUUUAAGCAAUAAUCAACUAUUAAACCUACCGAUCCAUAUAUUUUUAUGAUGAUUCUUGAUCUGUUUGCGGUAUGUACUGUAUCUACAGUGUUGAAGCCAGCUUCUAAAAAUAAGGUUGACAAGAAGUCUUCGGAGAAGGAAAAUGAACACUAGAGAGAAGAAUUUAACAACGAUUGGAAAUCAGGCAAUAAGAUGAGUUUUGCUUAUGAAAAAGAAAAAAUAUAAUCUAUAGUAUACAACAU